CGCGGGAGCGCGCCCGGCGCGUGCGCGCAUGACAACAGUUGGGAGCGCGCGGGCGGCGUGAAGUGAGGCUAGGUGAGGCGAGGUUAGGUGGCUCCGGACCCACGGAGCGACAAACUCAGCGGCCCCUACGGCCGUCGGCGGCCCGGCGGCCUGAUAUGUUGUCUGGGAAGAAGGCGGCAGCCGCGGCGGCGGCGGCGGCUGCUGCGGCGGCGGCCGUGACGGAGGCCGGCCCCGGGGCGGCGGGCGGCGCUGAGAACGGCUCCGAGGUGGCGGCGCCGGCCGCGGGCCUGUCGGGCCCUGCGGAUGUCGGAUCGGGGGCGGCCGGGGAGCGCACGCCCCGAAAGAAGGAGCCUCCGCGGGCCUCGCCCCCCGGGGGCCUGGCCGAGCCUCCGGGGUCUGCCGGGCCUCAGGCCGGGCCUACGGUCGUGCCUGGGUCUGCGACCCCCAUGGAAACGGGAAUAGCAGAGACUCCGGAGGGACGGCGGACCAGCCGGCGCAAGCGAGCCAAGGUAGAGUACAGAGAGAUGGAUGAAAGCUUGGCCAACCUCUCAGAAGAUGAGUAUUAUUCAGAAGAAGAGAGAAAUGCUAAAGCAGAGAAGGAAAAGAAGCUUCCACCACCACCCCCUCAAGCCCCACCUGAGGAAGAAAAUGAAAGUGAGCCUGAAGAACCAUCUGGGCAAGCAGGAGGACUUCAAGACGACAGUUCUGGAGGGUAUGGAGACGGCCAAGCAUCAGGUGUGGAGGGUGCAGCUUUUCAGAGCAGACUUCCUCAUGACCGGAUGACCUCUCAAGAAGCAGCUUGUUUCCCAGAUAUUAUCAGUGGACCACAGCAAACUCAGAAGGUUUUUCUGUUCAUUAGAAACCGCACAUUGCAGUUGUGGUUGGAUAAUCCGAAGAUUCAGCUGACAUUUGAAGCUACACUACAGCAGUUAGAGGCGCCUUAUAACAGUGACACUGUGCUUGUCCACCGAGUUCAUAGUUAUUUAGAGCGUCAUGGUCUUAUCAACUUCGGCAUCUAUAAGAGGAUAAAACCCCUACCAACUAAAAAGACAGGAAAGGUAAUUAUCAUAGGCUCUGGAGUCUCAGGCUUGGCAGCAGCUCGACAAUUACAAAGUUUUGGAAUGGAUGUCACACUUCUGGAAGCCAGGGAUCGAGUGGGUGGACGAGUUGCUACAUUUCGAAAAGGAAACUAUGUAGCUGAUCUUGGAGCCAUGGUGGUAACUGGUCUUGGAGGGAAUCCCAUGGCUGUGGUCAGCAAGCAAGUAAAUAUGGAACUGGCCAAGAUCAAGCAAAAAUGCCCACUUUAUGAAGCCAACGGACAAGCUGAAGUGCUCCAAAGCCUGGAAGAAGUGAUAGUCAGUUGGUGCAAGGUUCCUAAAGAGAAAGAUGAAAUGGUAGAGCAAGAGUUUAACCGGUUGCUAGAAGCCACAUCUUACCUUAGUCAUCAACUAGACUUCAAUGUCCUCAAUAAUAAGCCCGUGUCCCUUGGCCAGGCAUUGGAAGUUGUCAUUCAGUUACAAGAAAAGCACGUCAAAGAUGAGCAGAUUGAACACUGGAAGAAGAUAGUGAAAACUCAGGAAGAAUUGAAAGAACUUCUUAAUAAGAUGGUAAAUUUGAAAGAGAAAAUUAAAGAACUCCAUCAGCAGUACAAAGAAGCAUCUGAAGUAAAGCCGCCUCGAGAUAUUACUGCUGAGUUCUUAGUGAAAAGCAAACACAGGGAUCUGACUGCCCUUUGCAAGGAAUAUGAUGAAUUAGCUGAAACACAAGGAAAGCUAGAAGAAAAACUUCAAGAAUUGGAAGCCAAUCCCCCAAGUGACGUAUAUCUCUCAUCAAGAGACAGACAAAUACUUGAUUGGCAUUUUGCAAAUCUUGAAUUUGCUAAUGCCACACCUCUCUCUACUCUCUCCCUUAAACACUGGGAUCAGGAUGAUGACUUUGAGUUUACUGGCAGCCACCUGACAGUAAGGAAUGGCUACUCAUGUGUGCCUGUGGCUUUAGCAGAAGGCCUAGACAUUAAGCUAAAUACAGCAGUGCGGCAAGUGCGCUACACGGCUUCAGGGUGUGAAGUUAUAGCUGUGAAUACCCGCUCCACAAGCCAAACCUUUAUUUAUAAAUGCGAUGCAGUUCUUUGUACCCUUCCCCUGGGAGUGUUGAAGCAGCAGCCACCAGCUGUUCAAUUUGUGCCCCCUCUUCCCGAGUGGAAAACAUCUGCAGUCCAAAGGAUGGGAUUUGGCAACCUUAACAAGGUGGUGUUAUGUUUUGACCGAGUGUUCUGGGAUCCAAGUGUCAAUUUAUUUGGGCAUGUUGGCAGUACAACUGCUAGCAGGGGUGAGCUUUUCCUCUUCUGGAACCUCUAUAAAGCUCCAAUAUUAUUGGCACUAGUGGCAGGAGAAGCUGCUGGGAUCAUGGAAAACAUAAGCGAUGAUGUGAUUGUUGGCCGAUGCCUCGCCAUUCUCAAAGGCAUUUUCGGUAGCAGUGCAGUGCCCCAGCCCAAGGAAACUGUGGUGUCUCGUUGGCGUGCUGAUCCCUGGGCCCGUGGCUCCUACUCAUAUGUAGCUGCAGGAUCAUCUGGAAAUGACUAUGAUUUAAUGGCUCAGCCGAUUACUCCUGGCCCCUCAAUUCCAGGUGCCCCACAGCCAAUUCCACGACUCUUCUUUGCGGGAGAACAUACAAUCCGUAACUACCCAGCCACAGUUCAUGGUGCUCUGCUGAGUGGGCUGCGAGAAGCAGGAAGGAUUGCAGACCAGUUCUUGGGGGCCAUGUAUACCCUGCCUCGCCAGGCCACACCAGGUGUCCCUGCACAGCAGUCCCCAAGCAUGUGAGACAGGUGCACUCUGAGGGAAGAGGCCCAUGUCUGUCUCCUGGUGGCUGUCCACUUGCCUUCACCUGUGGCCCUUUCGUCCAUCUUCAGAGCACAUUGCCCUUCAUCUAAUCUUCUGUUGUUCUAAGGAUAUUUGUGAUCACAUUAAGGCCCACCUGGAUAAUCUAUAAUAAUCUCCCUCAUCUCAAAAUCCUUUUUGCUAUGUAAGGUAAAAAGUCUCUUUAUAAGAAGAGCUCCUAACAGAUAAUCUGUUACUACAAAUGCAUGUAAUGCUGCCUCUUAAGUGAGGUUUUAUUUUUUAUUUUUUGAGAGAGUCUCAAGCUGUCACCCUGGGUAGAGUGCCGUGGCGUCAUAGCUCACAGCAACCUCAAACUCUCGGGCUUAAGUGAUUCUCUUGCCUCAGCCUCCCAAGUGGCUUGUGGCUUGGGACUACAAACACCCGCCACAACACCCAGCUAUUUUAUGGUUGUAGUUGUCGUUGUUUGGCAGGCCCAGGCUGCGUUUGAACCUGCCAGCUCCGGUGUAUGUGGCUGGCGUCCUAGCUGCUGGAGCUACAGGCACCGAGCCGAUGUUUUAUUCUUCAAUAGGAUUUUUUUUUUUUUUUGUAGAGACAGAGUCUCACUUUAUGGCCCUCGGUAGAGUGCCAUGGCAUCACACAGCUCACAGCAACCUCCAACUCCUGGGCUUAAGCGAUUCUCUUGCCUCAGCCUCCCGAGCAGCUGGGACUACAGGCACCCGCCACAACGCCGGGCUAUUUUUUGGUUGCAGUUCAGCUGGGGCCGGGUUUGAACCCGCCACCCUCGGUAUAUGGGGCCGGCGCCCUACCGACUGAGCCACAGGUGCCGCCCUUCAGUAGGAUUUUAAGGGACAUUAUAUUGGUGGUCUGACUGGACGAUGAAAAUAGGGAUUUCCUCCCCGCCUCCAGUUGUGGAAUGGGUGACAAUGGGAAAAAAAUCUCAUACCAAAACCAGGGCAAGUGGUGUGACUAAUGAAAAGGUGAGAAUAGCGUGUAAGGGGAAGUGUAGAUUUUGGUGUACCAUCUGCAUUUGAAUCCCAGCUGUGCUGUUAACACUGUUACCUCAUGGGGAUGAGGUUCUGUGUCUAAUCCAGUGGUAGGUGCUUUUAAGAGUUUUUGUUUUUAAAUAGAUGGCAUGAGCAGCCUGAUUUUUUUUUUUUUUUGGUGACAACAGACAAACCUAAAAAAAUGUAGCAAAGAAAUAGCCUUUGAUUCUAACUCUAAUUAUGCUGGUCUUUUUCUAAGCCUCAGCCAGCAUUUCCAGUCCUUACAGCAUGGAUAAUUGGUUAAGUAGUGUGUGUGUGUGUGUGUGUGUGUUACAGCAUGGAUAAUUGGUUAAGUAGUGUGUGUGUGUGUUGAGAUGGAGUCUUGCUCUCUUGCCCUGGCUAGAGUGUAGUGGUGUCAUCAUAGCUCAGUGCAACCUCAUGGUCCUGGGCUCAAGGGAUCUUUUCCUCAGCCUCCUCAGUAGCCGGGACCAUAGGCAGGUGCUACGCCAUGCCUGGACAAUUUUUCUAUUUUUUGUAGAGAUAGAUAGGGUCUUGCUUUUGCUCAGGUUUGUCUCAGACUCCUGGCCCACUUCAGCCUCCCAAAAUGCUAGGAUUACAGGUAUGAGCCCUGGCUAGAUAUUUUAAACAAAAUACAGUGAAAUUUAUUAGCUGCACUGAUGACUAAGUAGAAAGAUCAACAAAACUGGCGUGACUGACUCACACUCACACAGCAUAUGGAAACUAGGGAGCUUUAUUGGUUACAUAAUGUGCUGCAGAGCCAACAGAGAGCAUUAGAGCCAGAGGAUACAUGCAGACAGGCAGCUUCAACUAUACACAUGCACCCAAGGAGCCCUGAGCUACUGCUCAUGGCUAUGCCCUGGUUUCCAGUGACAGGUUCUGGCCUCCUUGGUCCCAUGCUUGGAGCAGGAAUGUAGAAGCUGCUGCACCUAGGCGCCAAGGAGCAGGGUGACCGACCAACAGACUGAUGCCCCCAGCAUAGGGGCCUAUAAUGCAAUUAACAGGUUAUUUGAGGGCAACCUUCCUAGCCCUCGCAAUCUUUAAAAUACAAAAAAUAGACUUUAUUCUCUUAAAAAUACAUUCCAUUCAGUAUAUGUUCUGAGCUGUGAAGCAGCAGGAAAAUAGGGCCACUUUCCUAUGAUAUUGGUUGUGAGGCUUUUGAGGAAAACCCUGUUCCCCACUUGGGGUAUUCAAAACAUAAACCCUAAAAGCAGCUCUUCCAAAGCAGUCUUACCAGAG